AUGUCCAAAAUGACCCAUCAUGACGCAUGGGCGAUCCAAAAAACAAUCCUACAAAUGGAAUUCCCAUUCAUCGUCCUAAAAUCACUACAGUUCGCCCUCUUUCGCACCUACGGAAUCCCAACUAUAUCAACCCUUCUUCUAAAAACCUCCCAAUUCUCCGACUCAGCAACUUCAUUCAAGCGCUACGCCGACACGGGCGCUUUAAUCGGCGAAUUCAUGGCCUUCGACCCACACUCCGAACGGGCGCAAACAGCAAUCGCCAGAACGAAAUUCCUGCACAAGGGAUACAGAGCCAGCGGCAAGAUUCUCGACGAUGAUAUGCUAUACACCCUCAGUCUGUUUGCGACGGAGCCGAUUCGAUUCGCGUCGCUAUACGAGUGGCGGGAAAUGAGCGAGAUGGAACGGGCUGCUGUGGGCACGUAUUGGAAAGCUCUGGGUGAUGCGCUGGAUAUUAGUUACGAAAAGCUUCCAUCUGGAAGAUCUGGAUUUCAGGACGGUAUUCACUGGCUUGAGGAGAUUAGUGCUUGGAGCCAUGAGUAUGAGGUGCGACAUAUGAAACCUCAUGAGCAGAAUAAGGAGAUUGCGGAGAAGACGAUUGAUGUGUUGGUUUAUAAUUUGCCGGGGUUCAUGAAGCCGCUUGGUGUUUAUUUUGUUUCAUUCUUGAUGGAUGAGAGGUUGCGAAAUGCCAUGAUGAUGACACCACCGCCAGCAUUUUUCAGCGCCCUCUUCGCAUCGGCAUUCCAAAUCCGCAAGUUAGCUCUUCGUUAUAUCGCUCUUCCACGACCGAGUUUCCUCCGCUUGGAUGUUUUCACCGAAGAACCAAAUCAGCACGGCCGGAACUUCGUGCUUUUCUACGAAGGUGCUCCAUUCUACGUUCAGCCUACGAUUUGGAAUCGAUGGGGCCCAGUAGCGUGGUUCAAGUGGGCUUUAGGGCAGCCGUUGCCAGGCGAUGAUGGUGAUAAGUAUUAUCCUCAGGGAUAUCGCACUGCUGACCUCGGACCGAGAUAUUUCGAGGGCAAAGGUCAGAAAGAAGUGAUUGGCAUGCGAGAAGAGUUGCGGGCACAACGAAUGGGACAGAAUCCAUUCCCGUAG